GUUGCGUGCUUGGCAAUUAUUUUCAUCUGCCGGUCAGAGUGAACACUGUAAAGCAGUGUAAGCACACUGACUAGAGCAGAGUUGGCUGUGGACAGAGGAAAUGACAUAAUGACCCUCUGAAGUCCCUGCCCACGUUCCAGUGCUCUCGAGCAGCUUCUUGGUGCCGGGGUGUGGUCUCUCACGUUCAGCUCAAAACCAACCUUGGAAUCUAUCAGCCUGUCCAACUUAACCCUCCUUGAGAUUCACAUCUCUCGUGCGCUCUCUAAUUAGCACCAUAUGAUGAGACGACUGUUCUGCUACUAACCGCGCAAGGGAUAAAAGGGUUUUGUGGCGACAGGGGAAGUCAAGACUACAUGAUAAGGAUGGGAUUUGUUAAAGUGCUGAAAACUCAGUUGCUGUGCCAUCUCAUUAUCUGUUAUGUGUUCCUGGUCAGUGGGUUUAUUAUCAACCUGCUGCAGCUUUGUACUCUACCACUGUGGCCCAUUAACAAGCAGCUCGCACGCAAGAUCAACUGCAGAUUGGGUUAUUCCAUUUCUAGUCAAUUGGUGGCAUUGUUGGAGUGGUGGUCUGGGACAGAAUGCACACUUUACACAGAUCCGGAAAGCUAUCCUCUCUAUGGCAAAGAAAAUGCCAUUGUUGUCCUCAAUCAUAACUUUGAGAUCGAUUUUAUGACUGGAUGGACCUUCUGUGAGAGAUUUGGUAUUUUAGGGAGCUCAAAGGUGUUGGCAAAAAAGGAACUUUCCUUUGUUCCUGUGAUUGGCUGGAUGUGGUACUUCCUAGAGAUUGUCUUCUGCAAAAGGAAAUGGGAAGAGGAUCGCAGGAUAGUAGUGCAGAGCCUGCGCAACCUUCGGGAUUAUCCAGAAAAAUUUUGGUUCCUGUUGCACUGUGAGGGCACACGAUUCACAGAAAAGAAGCACAGGAUUAGUAUGGAGGUGGCAGAGAAGAAAGGUCUCCCCAAACUCAAGUACCACCUUCUACCUCGGACCAAGGGCUUUUGUGUCACGGUCCAGAACCUCAGGGGAACGGUUACUGCUGUGUACGAUUCUACACUUAAUUUCAGAAACAACGAAAUGCCAACUUUACUAGGGGUGCUCAAUGGGAAAAAAUACCAUGCCGAUUUAUAUGUGAGGCGAAUUCCUCUGGACUCAGUCCCAGAGGAUGAGUCAGAAUGUGCAGCCUGGCUUCACAAACUCUAUCAGGAAAAAGAUGAAUUCCAAGAGCAUUACAGGCAGACAGGCCAGUUCCCGGGUCCCAUUACGAGCCCCCCGCGCCGACCUUGGGCCCUGCUGAACUGGUUAUUCUGGGUCUGUUUGCUGGUCUACCCUCUAUGCAUGCUGCUGCUGCAACUGCUGCUGUCAGGGUCCACCUUCACGGUCGUCUGUACAUUUGUCAUCUGUUUUGCAGUGUCAGUUGGUAUCCGCUGGAUGAUCGGACAGACCGAGAUUGAGAAGGGUUCCAACUACGGGAAUAAAGACGUGCAGUUGAACAAUAACUGAGAGACCCACCAGGGAACAAGAUCAUGCUACUGUACUCUGAUGAGGGCAUUUGCACAACAGGAACUGGCAUUAGCCAAGUGAAACCAACUCCAUAAGAGAAAUUUGAGGAACUUGUCACAUGAAGCUUUUGGGAAGAGUCGUUUGAAUAGAACACUACACCACCCUUUACAUGUUUUACAUGUUUUUUGUUUUUUUAAAGAAACAAGUAGGCCAUUUUUAAAAAACGGUCUGUUUAUUAAUAUUCUUUUUUUAAAUAUUGCAAACACUGUUGGAGGAGCAGAGAACCAGCAGUUGAUGCCUAUGCAAGAGCAUGUUUGUCACCCGUCCGAGUGCAGCAGCAGAAAGGCGGAGUCAGACUGGCCUCUUCCCUCUCAUUGGUUGAUUAUGCUCUCGUACACCCAGAUUGUAAAGGCACAGCGUUGGCCAGCACGAGGCUGAGCCGACGCAACAACUACUUUUAGGCUUAAAUAUGACUUGUUAACAGUGGGCUCUGCAGCAAGGCAAACAAAAAUACCAUUUUAAUAAAACAAAAAUUUAAAACCUU